GACCCCUGUAACAACACACAGCUCUUCUAGCUGAACAGUCGGAGAGUCAUUUACUCAAAGCGUUCACACUGGGGGCAAGGGAGGGGGAACCAAAACAAAAGGAACAACCCAGCUUUAAAUAAACAGAGGCAUUGCUCAUUCAACCAGUGGCCAUUCUUCAAACACGGCUGUAUGGACAUUUAAAUAUCUAUGCUUUGACCUAGGAAGAGAGAAAACGAGCCGUUAAUCUUUGCUUUCCAGGCUUUGCGGGGGGAAAUCUUGGGACUCCUUCUACAGACCGGCCGCCUGGUGCCGCUGCUGACCGCGGAAGCUCCGCGCAGCUCCCAGCUCCGCCGAUCCCGCGAUUCGGGCGGGCGGGGCUGCACCAUUUCGGGCUGCUCCGCUCGGGGGGCGGCAGGCUGUGUCGGCAGCUCCAUCCAGCUUUCAGGAGAGGAGAUCGGGUCUCUGGAAGGGAAUGAAACCGAGGAAGAGCGAGGAAGCGCUGCCGGGGCGAGCAGGCGCUCUGAUCCUUGUCCUCUGCCUCUCGGGGAUGGGAGCAGAAACCGCUCGGUACUCUGUGCCCGAAGAGGCGGAGAGAGGCUCUUUUGUAGCGAAUAUCGCUAAGGAUUUGGGACUAACCGGUGAGGAAUUAUUGGCUCGUCAGGCUCGAGUCGUUCCUGAAGGAGAAAAGCAGUAUUUACAGCUGAACCAGCACACCGGGGAUUUGGUGGUGAGAGAGCAAAUGGACCGGGAAGAGCUGUGUGGACAGAGCGAGCCCUGCUUGGUGCGUUUUCAGGUGCUGCUGGAGAAGCCACUGCAGUCCUUCCGAGCUGAGGUAAGACUCACCGACAUAAAUGAUCAUGCUCCUGCUUUCUUAAAUAAAGAGAUAAUUUUAAAGAUGCCGGAAUCUGCAAUGCCGGGGACUCGGUUUUUGUUGGAAAGCGCUCACGAUCCAGACGUGGGGAAUAAUAGUCUUCAGCAUUAUAGUAUCAGCUCGAACGAGUAUUUCCAUGUGUACACCCAGCGGCGAAAUGACGGCGGGAGGUACGCCGAGCUGGUGUUGGAUCGAGCCCUGGAUCGGGAGCGGCAGGCAGAAGUUGCUUUCAUCAUCACGGCUGUGGAUGGUGGGACACCACCGCGGUCUGGCACAGCUUUAAUCCGCGUGGUAGUCCUGGAUAUAAACGACAACAUCCCGGUAUUUGCCCAGACUCUGUAUAAAGUCUCUGUAAUGGAAAAUAGCUCAGAGGACACCAUAGUGGUGGUAGUGUCUGCUAGCGAUUUAGACGCAGGAACGAAUGGGGAAAUAGUGUAUUCCAUCGUUCAAAAUUCAGAAGAAAAUCUCCAAACGUUUAAAAUAAACCCAGAGACAGGACAUAUUCGACUCAAAAAGCCUUUGGAUUACGAAGAAAAAAAGACCUAUGAGAUAGACGUCCAAGCCGUAGAUGGAGGGGGCCUGUCCACGCAUUGCAAGGUGGAGGUGCAGGUGAAGGACGUGAACGACAAUGCCCCCGAGGUGAUCAUCACCUCACACACCAGCACCCUCUCCGAAGCCGCCCCGCCGGACACCGUGGUGGCCCUCUUCAACGUCAGGGACCGGGACUCGGGGGACAACGGCAGGACGACCUGCGAGCUGAUGGGAGAGCAACCCUUCAGGAUCACUCUGCUGGCAGCCGACGCGUACGCGCUGGUGACAUCAGAGACGCUGGACCGGGAGCAGGUGGGGGAAUACAACUUGACAGUGCGAGCUCGAGACCAGGGCUCCCCCGCCCUUUCGGCAUCCAAGACCCUGCUCGUGCGGCUCUUGGAUGUGAACGACAAUGCACCCACCUUCACCCAGCCCAUUUACACCAUGGUGGUGAGCGAAAACGAGCCCGCGGGGAGGAGCCUGGGCCGCCUCAGUGCCACGGACCCUGACGCGGGAGAGAACGCCCGUGUCAGAUACUCGCUAGUGCCGCCACUGACAGGCACCCUCGCCGCGGCGUCAUUCGUGUCAGUGGACGCGGAGAGUGGAACUGUCCGGAGUUUGCACUCGCUGGACUACGAGAAGGUCCCUGCCUUCGAGGUGAGAGUGCGCGCAGCCGACGGCGGCUCCCCGCCGCUCAGCGCCCAGGCCGUGCUGCGCAUCGUCGUGCGGGACGAGAACGACAACGCGCCCGUGCUGCUGCACCCGGGCCCCGAGAGCAGCGCGGCCGGAGAGCUGGUGCCGCGCUGGGCACCCUCCGGCUACCUGGUGGCCAAGGUGGUGGCGGUGGACGCGGACGCGGGGCAGAACGCGUGGCUGUCCUACGAGCUGGCCAAGGCCACGGAGCCGGCGCUGUUCCGCGUGGGGCUGCACAGCGGCGAGGUGCGCACGGCGCGGGCCGUGACAGAGAGGGACGCGGCCCGGCAGAGGCUCAUCGUGCUGGUGCGGGACCGCGGGCAGCCGCCGCGCUCUGCCACUGCCACCCUCGCCGUGGCACUGGUGGACGAUUUCUCCGAUGCCUUCCACCAGCUUGGCCACGAUCCUGCGAGCGGACACCAGCCGCAGGUGGCCGAAGAGGAAAUGCUCACUACUUACCUCAUCGCCUCGCUGGUCUGCGUCUCGUCCCUUUUCCUCCUGUCCGUCCUUGUCUUAACGGCCAACACUCUCUGCAAAGCUCGCAUUCGGGCAGAGCUUCCUCCUCCCUCUCCCAGCUGCUACGCGGACGGAGUUUUCGCCAGCGACGGCGUGGGAGUGGGCAGCACGGGCACUCUGUCGCCGGCUUACCGCUACGAAAUGUGUAUGACCAGCGGCUCGGGGAGGAGCGAAUUCCGGUUCCUGAGACCCAUCCUGCCCAGCCUUCAUAGCAAUGCUGAGGCGGGGCUGGACAAGGACGAGGAACCGCUACGCCACUCGCAGUCUGCCUGCGACCGGGAAGCCCAGGCGGGAAGAACGGCCACUCCUCCCUUUUAGCCGCAAGACUGGCCAGUAGGCGUGCGCGUCCCUACCUGAGCCGUGCUGGAAUGCGAUUCCCUUACCCCCUCUCCUCAGCCUGAGAUUCCCCGCCAGUUGUAGUGCCGUUCUCUACUGUUAUAGCCGUAAUCUCCCUAUUUAGCCUCCAGGCCACUUUCUCCUGCCGUGGAAGGCGGCACAGUCCCACCGAGCUCAGCCUCUGCUUCAUGCUUCCCUAGAAAAUCCUUGUGCCGCUCUUGCCGCGGCGUUUCUCGGAGGGUGCAGAGUCGCCUGUCGCUAGACGACAGCGCACCAAACCGCCGGCUCGGGCCAGCAAAGGGCGAGGACGGGCGCGGAGCAACUGCCGGUGGUACUCUGGCGCCAAGACUCCCCCAAGGCUAGGGAUUUCCCUCCCCAGAAAAAGU